GAUCUCUGGAAUGUUCUGCCAUGAAGACCCGGAUGCAGGGCUUCAAACGGGCCCGGCGGAGGGAUCAGCGCGGCCGCCGCGCACUGCGGCUCCGCAGCCGGAACUCGCCCGCCUUGGGGAGGGGCUGCUGCUCCGGCAGCAGCGAAGGCCCGGCCCGGAUUACAACGGCCGGAACGGAGUGGGACCGGGACCUCAGCCUGCCCCGCGCCCCCGUCCUCGGCCUCAGCAUCCCCACCGGCCACGAGACACCUCUCCCGGGUGGACGGACGGCGCCUCGGAGGAGCGAGCGCGUCCUGCGGGCAAAGACCGGAAAGAAACCAAAAGCUGAGACUGGUGGGAAGGUGGCAGCUUGGCCUCCAGCCACACCCUGCUCGCCUUGGCAGGAGCUCCUGAGGCCUCGUGACUCUGUUGUUCAAGGGCUGACUCAUAGCUCUGCGCCUGGAGCUGUUCCAAGUCCGAAGAGGAGACUCACCGUCUGCGUGGUCCACUUGGCCCCAGAGGCGGGAGUCAGGUCCGAGCCUGAAACCCGAACCCUGACCUGGAAUUUGACAGGGAUAGCCGCGCAGAACUUGGACCAGCGCCUGAGUCACCGCCCCGACCCGUUCCUGGUCCCAGGCUCCGUCCUUUGCAGAUGGCCCGGGGACCUGGCGACAGGCGGGGUUGGCGAGGGCAGCGCGGGGGGUGGGGGAGCGGUCCCUGCCCGCCCUCCUCCAGGGUCACCUGCUUGUGGCCCGAGUCCCCUCCCCGAGCUGGCUGAUCCCUGCUAGGGAGCGGGGUCCCCAGGAGAAGGGGUGAAGUCAGAGCUGGGCAGGGCUGGGUCCUCUGUCACGGGUUAAGAGGCCGUACAAGGUCACCAAGGGCGUCGGCGCGGGGGAGGAGCGAAGGCCCGGAUGUCUCGUCCCUGUCCACGCGCGGCCUCCGCCAGCACGGUGACCCUUCGCCUGGAAGACGCCAGCGCAGUUCCGGCCUUGGGCAGGAACUUCGGGAGGCACAAACUAGCUGCACUUUUUGUGUUCUUAAAUUGUGGCCAGUUGCAACCUAAUAGUGAUUUUGGGGGGGGUGGUACCAGGUUAUUCCUAAGUAAAUAAACGUUACCACUGAGCUACAUCUCCA